AUUAAAAGACAGAACUGCAUGGCGCUGUGGCUGCUGCACGUGAUGGACGUUGACAGUUUGUGAUUGUAUCACAGAUUCUAUGAUUAAAAGACGAGUUUACAACCACGGUACUACAAAUUAUGGAGGAGCCCACAACAUUUGAGCGACAUGUGUACAAAAACGCCUCUGUGUAUCACUAUAUGAAGAUAUCCCUAGAUUUGGAGAAUGGAAAGAGAAGUUUUUCUAACGCACAGUUUAAACAGUUGAUCAUUUCUGCUCUUAAGGAGCUGUAUGGAGAGGUUGGAGCUGCAUUUCCAUUUGAUUUGCUUAAGUUCGAUCCGAGCUCGCUAACAGCUAUACUGCGUGUGUACAACAAGGGGCUGGUGAAACUGUGGAGUGCUUUGACGUUGCUGGGAUCCUAUCAGAAUGAGGCUUGUGCUUUUAGGGUCAUACAGGUGUCACCUUUUUUGCUAGCUUUGUCUGGAAAUAGCCGAGAACUGCAAUUCGGCGAGAGUUCGACAUCUUGAGGAGGGCCUACAGAACACAUACCUUGGAAAAAUGACGAUGA